AUGGCAUCAACUUCGACUGCCUCAGAGAAUCCUGCGCCAGGAAGUGAUGAGAAAAGCACCUUACCCUGGGCUGCUAUUCCUCGCUAUGUGCCAGGUGUAACUGACACGACGGAGUAUGCCAAGAAGAUCAAGUUCCUAGCUGAUGUUUGGCCUAAGGAACAGCUAAGUGUCUUGGGACCAAGAGUGGCUCUUCUUUGCGAGGGCACGGCGUUCAAGAAGGUGAGUCGCUUGGAUGCUGCUAAGCUUAAGGCCAAUGACACUUCAGGAGUGGAGUUGAUUGUGAGAACCUUGGGCGGGGCCUGGGGUCAGACAAUCUUGGAAGAGAAAUACGAACAGUUCGAGAAGGCCAUCUACGGUACUGUUCAACGGAAUGAUGAGACUCACGAUUCCUAUUUGGCCAGGCAUGAUAUUCAUUUCGAGGAGUUGCUAGCCCAGAACAUCACCUUUGAGGAGCUUCGGUCUUACAUUCUGCUUCGCCAAUCACAGCUGAGUAGCGACGAUAAGAAGAGGAUUGUGGUUGAGCACAGUGGGAAGUUGACCUAUGAGAAGGUGAAGGCCUCAAUUCGACUUCUGGGCUCCAAGUUUUUCGGUGAAAUGCAGGGCCAACGAUCAAGUCAGAGACACAAGGUGUAUGAUGCUAACACGCUUGAUGAAGCCCUUACAGAUGAGCCUGAGAAAGCCUUCCAAGCCAGCACAGCCGCUGGGGCUCCCAACUUCGACGAGCUCGACAACGAGCUCGAGCCUGAGUACCUGGAGGCCUUAGCAGCCUCGGAAGAUGCCGAUGCCUUACAGAUUCAGGCUUUCGAGGAGGAGCUAGAGGGUUUCUUUCAGGAGACUCCAGAUUUACAAGAAGCCCUUGUUUCCUAUAUGGAAGCAAGGGGCCGGCUAUUGGCCAAAAAGAAGUCCCGAGGUUUUUGGCCAGUGUCUGGAGGUGGCAAGGGCAACAAGGGUGGUCGCUCUUUCAAGGGCGGCAAAGGCAAGGGAAAGAGCUCACGUGAUCAGCUGCUCGCGCGCAUAGCGCGCAGUGUGUGUCGUGCCUGUGGUGAGAAAGGGCACUGGAAGGCAGAGUGUCCGAAGUUUGGACGUCCCGGAUCGAUGAGCGGAAAAGGGGAAGCCACGACAACCAUGGCAGAAGUCGUGGUGGAGACCGCCGCUGCAACGAUGACGUCUGACCAGGAUGGCGCUGCAGUGCUUAUCACCGUGCCAGAGGAGGCGAUCACCUUGGCCGAGGCAUAUGUUGCUUAUGUUCUUAAUGAGCCUAUAAAAGCCAUCCUUGAUACGGGAGCUAGUCGCUGUGUCAUGGGAAAGUGCCUCCUAGCAACUUUUGUCAGCCAGCUGAGUGAUGCCACCCGUGCUCUGAUCAAGGUGAUGAAGAGCUCAGUGAAGUUUCGGUUCGGCAAUAACCAGACAUUGCUUAGUGAGCUUCGGGUUCUUUUGCCGUUUUGCACGGGGCAUCAGCAGAUUUUGUGGCUUGCCAUCGAGAUCGUCCCAGGAUCAACGCCGCUGUUAUUCAGUAAGAAGGCCCUUAAGCAACUUGGAGGCGUUAUCGAUACCUGUGAGGACGUGUGCCAUCUCAAGCUUUUACAGAAGAAGCUGCACUUGAGCACUGGGCCAACCGGUCUGUACACGAUAGACCUCGCCCGCCUGUGUGAGGAAAGUAGUCAGGAGCAGAAGUGCCAGCUCGUGUGUGAAGACAGCUCCGUAGGAGCCGUUAACGAGCCAUCGCAGACGUCGAAGGAUCCGUCUGUGAACACCAGCCAACAGGAGAGUGCGAAACAGCUUAGUGCAGCCGCCUGCCAGUGUCAUGUCGACAGGAGCUACCAACUUGGCAGCCCGCUUUGCCAGGUUGAGGACAUGACGAUCGACUUCGGCAAGGCUAUGAAAGGACGGACCUAUUUGGACGUCGUCGAGAACGAGGGGGACUGGACGAAGUGGUUUCUAGACCAUUUCAAAAAUUCCGAAAAGCACAACCACAAAGCCUUCAUGAUUUUCGUGGAGAAGUAUGUCAAACAGUCGGAACAGAUCGAGGCCGAGCUGUUGAGCGCCGAGGGUUCUGCCGAGCCCGCAACGACUACGUCGAGGACCGCGGCUCCCAAGCCCAAGCCAAAGGCGUAUCCACGACAUGCCGUCGUGCCUUCCGAUCGCGGUCCCACCACAGAUCAGUGGGAUCUUUUGUCGGUGAGUGGCGAGCUAGAGCCCGCUCUCGACAACCAAGUGUCGUCUCUAGCCACGCGGAUGACUCAGCUAGAGCAUGUGAUGGAGCAGGUGUUGAUGUCAGGGAAUUCCUUUGAUAAGUCUGGGAACUUAGGUAAACCUCCAGCUUACCUCAUGUUCGGAACCUACAUGCAUGGAGGGAUCGUUGGUGUUGAUGAGGAUGACAGAGAGCUGUGGAUUGCAGGACAGAGCGAGCAAGAGCAUGCUGACAAUAGCCAGACCAUCCGCCGUGCCCUGCUGCGCCGCAGCAAUCCUGUCCGUGGUCCCUACAAGCCUGGCGAUUGGGUACUGUACUGGAUGCGUAAAGGUUCAGCUUCAAUUACAGGUGUGAACGAUCAAGCUGGCAGUUCCGGGAGUUUUGAAGCAAACAAUGAAGUGUCUCCCACCGCAGCUGAAGUUCCUAUCCCUGAUGAUGACGAUGAUGGACUCUUCACUGAGGAAGUGUUGCUAGCAAGUCCGGCUGCGGGAGUCACGGAUGCUGAUGGUCAGGACCUGCUGACCUUUACAGCUUUGCACACCAGUGCCUGUGCGUCAGGACUUCCUUUGGCCGAAGACGAUCUGCCGUAUGUAGAGCAGCCGUUAGAAUGUCAGGAAGAUCAAGCCUUUUGCCUUGAGAUUCCCGUGAAGGCCAAAGACAUCAAGCGGUGGUCUCAGGAGGCCAAUCCUGAACACAUGGUGCAACUAGCAGCCGUCAGCAAACGAGCCCGCGCAGAAGUCCACGUGAAGGGGGAAUACGUUAAGAACAUCCCACAGAUUGACAUUGGUUGGAUGCGAGCUCUUUGGGGAGUCGUGCAUGUGCCCGAAUUCCGUUGGCAACAGCCCGAGGAGAGUUACAAGAAGCUUAACCUAGCCAUCAUUGUCACGGACUGUAAAUCCCUGUAUGAUCUGGUGACUCGCCUGGCGAUGCCGGCCUGCGAAGAGCAUCGAACGACUCUGGAAGUGCUGCUGAUCAAACAGCGCUGCGCUGAAAAUACCUGCUUCCGGUGGAUACCCACCACACUCCAGGCAGCUGACUGCUUGACUAAAGUCAUGGAUGCGACGCUGUUGAGAACAGUACUGUCCCAGGGAAGGUUUAAGCUCUUCGACACGUCCAAAGUUCUCGAAAAA